AGGGCGGGACCCGUGGCCCCGCCCACCCGGCCCCGGCCCCGCCUCCCGCGCAGCGGCCCCUAAAGCCACCGGCGAGCGGCUGGCGGGCGCUGAGACCAUGGCGGGACGGGCGGUCCCCGGGGCCGUGCUGGGCGCGCUCCUCUGGGGCUGCGGGCUGGCGCUGCAGGGCGGGAUGCUGUACCCCCGGGAGAGCGCGUCGCGGGAGCGCAAGGACCUCGAUGGCCUCUGGAAGUUCCGCGCCGACUUCUCCGAAAAUCGGCUCCGGGGCUUCGAGCAGCAGUGGUACCGGUCGCCGCUGCGAGAGUCGGGUCCCACCCUGGACAUGCCUGUUCCCUCCAGCUUCAAUGAUGUGGGCCAGGAUGGGCAGCUGCGUGGCUUUGUCGGCUGGGUGUGGUAUGAACGAGAGGCAACGCUGCCCCAGCGAUGGACCCAGGACCUGAACACAAGAGUGGUGCUGAGGAUUGGCAGCGCCCACUACUAUGCCAUUGUGUGGGUGAAUGGGGUCCAUGUGGCAGAGCAUGAGGGGGGCCACCUUCCGUUCGAGGCUGACAUCAGCAAGCUGGUCCAGAGCGGGCCCCUGUCCUCCUGCCGCAUCACCAUCGCCGUCAACAACACACUCGCCCCCCACACCCUGCCGCCAGGGACCAUCCUCUACCGGACAGAUACCUCCAUGUACCCCAACGGUUACUUUGUCCAGGACACAAGCUUUGACUUCUUCAACUACGCGGGACUGCACCGGCCGGUGGUCCUCUAUACCACGCCCACCACCUACAUUGAUGACAUCGACGUCACCACCAGCGUGGACCAAAACACUGGGCUGGUGCAUUACCAGAUUUCCAUCCAGGGCAGUGAACACUUCCAGCUGGAAGUGUACCUUCAGGAUGAGGAAGGCAACAUUGUGGCCCGGGGGACUGGAGGCCGCGGCCAGCUGCAGGUGCCCAAUGCCCACCUCUGGUGGCCAUACCUGAUGCAUGAGCACCCUGCCUACCUGUACUCAUUGGAGGUGAGGCUGACUGUUCAGACGGCAGCUGGAUCCAUGUCUGACUUCUACACUCUCCCGGUGGGGAUUCGCACCGUGGCUGUCACAAAGAACCAGUUCCUCAUUAAUGGGAAACCUUUCUAUUUCCAUGGGGUCAACAAGCAUGAGGAUUCAGACAUCCGAGGGAGGGGCUUCGACUGGCCACUGCUGAUGAAGGACUUCAACUUGCUUCUCUGGCUUGGUGCCAACGCCUUCCGUACCAGCCACUACCCCUAUGCGGAGGAGGUGAUGCAGCUCUGUGACCAGUAUGGGAUCGUGGUCAUUGAUGAGAGCCCUGGCGUGGGCAUCAAGCUAAGCCAGAGCUACAGCAACCAUUCUCUGCAGCACCACCUUGAGGUGAUGGAGGAGCUGGUGCGCAGGGACAAGAACCACCCAGCCGUCGUGAUGUGGUCUGUGGCCAAUGAGCCCACUUCCUUCCUGGAACCUGCAGGUUACUACUUCAAGACGCUGAUUGCUCACACCAAAGCCUUGGACCCCUCCCGGCCUGUGACCUUUGUGACCAACUCCAAGUAUGACACAGACCUCGGGGCACCGUACGUGGAUGUCAUCUGUGUGAACAGCUACUUGUCCUGGUAUCAUGACUACGGGCACCUGGAGGUGAUUCAGGUGCAGCUGGCCACCCAGUUUGAGAACUGGUACAGGACGUAUCAGAAGCCGAUUAUUCAGAGCGAGUAUGGGGCGGAUGCCAUCACAGGGCUUCACCAUGAUCCACCUCUGAUGUUCAGUGAAGAGUACCAGAAAAGUGUGCUCGAGCAGUAUCAUUUGGUUCUGGAUCAAAAACGCAAAGAAUAUGUGAUUGGAGAGCUCAUCUGGAAUUUUGCCGAUUUUAUGACUGACCAAACACCGCAGAGAGUAAUAGGAAAUAAAAAGGGGAUCUUCACUCGCCAGAGACAACCAAAAGGUGCAGCAUUCCUCUUGCGAGAGAGAUACUGGAAAUUUGCCAACGAGACUGGGUACCACCCGGCAGCUGGGAAGCCACCGUAUCUGGUAAAGAGCCCGUUUACCUGGUAAAGCAAGAACUCUCUCUUGGCUGACACCAGCUGUCAGCCCCCCCUUCCCAGGUGAGGGCAGUGGCUACCGCCGACAGACAAAGUGCCUCCUGGCCUGUGUGUGGCAGACAGGAGUUUCUGGUCUGGAUUUUGUAGUCA